CGCCCCCGUCACGUGGGAAGCGGCCAUGGCGGGGCCCUGGGGCCGGGUGGGAGGAACGCCUCGGUAAACUCUGCUUAGGGGGUUCUCUGCUCGCUGUGGGUUAAAGAUUGGGUUUUAAACUUCCCUUCGCCGGUUAAAGCUCCCUUCGGCGCUUAAAUUUCCCUUCGGGAAGAAAAUCGGGCUGUGGCCGGAGCAGCAGAGCUCUGCCCGCCGGGGGCUGUGGGCAGGCGGGAGCGGCCGCUGCUCCAGGGGAACCGGCGGCAGGAGGAGAGGACACAGCCCAGUUGUGUAGUACCCGAAGAUGGAAUUUCUCAUUAAGCACACCUGGGAUGGUUUGCCUGUGAGCCACGAGCCGGUUUCAAUUGGGCUGAGGCCGGAUAAUGCGGGAUUGCUGAUGGAAAUUCGGGCUCCUUUCUUUAACGACCCUCCAGCACCUCCCGGAGAGCCAGGGAAACCUUUUGGUGGGCUCUGGGACUAUGAGGUUGUAGAAGCAUUCUUUCUGAGUGACAGAAGUGAGCAGUAUUUGGAAGUUGAGCUUUGUCCCCAUGGGCAGUACUUACUGCUGCUGCUUUCUGGCAGAAGAAAAGCAUGGAAAGAACAACUUCCUUUGGAGUUUGAGGUGACCAGAAUGGAAACCAGAUGGGAGGGUAAAGCUCUUCUCCCUUGGAGUUAUUUCCCACCAUGCACUGACAAGUUCAAUGCAUUUGCAAUUCAUGGCUCGGGAGAGGAGAGAAAAUAUGAAGCACUUUACCCUGUGCCUCCACACCAAGUGCAGGAAGGACAGGAACCAGAUUUUCAUCGUUUGGAGUUUUUCAAAGACUUGAACCUGAAAGAACUAACAGGAGAAGACUGGAAGCAGCCUGAAUCAGAUAUAUGGAAAUCUCUCACUAAAUGAAUGGAUUGAGGCAUAAAUUUUUGUAGUGUUGGAGUUGGCUGGAGCUGUGUGGAAACAACUCCCUCCUUCUGAGCAGAGGUUGUAGGUACCAGAUUAGCAAGGCUUUCCUUGGCACCAAAAUCAUGGAUCAGUCUGAAAAUCAGCUGCAAAGCUUGUGGAGUUGUGGAUUCUCAAUGUAUGAAUGGCUUGGACUUUUUAAUCCGUGCAAGAGAUGAACCUGCUGCUGCCAGUGCAGGAAGAAAAAUGUGCUGAAAUUGCAGCUGUGCUUUUGUGAGAGCUCUGAAGUCUGACAAGGCCAAUACCUGGAUUGAAUUUUUUUGGUUUAUUCUAGUUGCUGUAUUUUAAUUUUGUUGACUGCUGAAGGAGAUCCUUAUGUGCCUAGAUUUUUUGCUUACAAUCAGGAGGAAAUAAAAAUGGAUUUUGGAGGCUCAGUACUUGGCCUGCCAGAGGGAUAACACUGCCCUUUCCCAUAUGUUCCUGUGCGUGAAGUUUUGCCUUGCUUAAUGCCAAAGGGGAAACUUAUUCUGUCCCACAGACCUCUCUGUGGAGUGCCUGAUGGUGUUUAGGGGCAGAGGAUAGAUUUACAAAAGGUUUUAUGUAUUUCAGGUGAAGUUUUUGGGACAAAUCAUGCUCAGUAAAAUCUUUUGGUAUAGUUGUGUGCAUGCAAAAGCAGGUUUUUUUUCCUAAGGCUUGUCAUAUCACUUCAAGAAUUUAUCUCAGUUGUCUGAGAAUUUUUUUUUGGCAUUCCCCUGAAGGCUGGAGAUACUCUGGGUGUACAUUUUCUGUGUAUGGGCAUGAGUCAUUUUAACAAUAUUGAAUAUGAGGUGGCAACAUCUAAUCUGUGAACCGUCACCAGAUUUACAAAUCAUAUGUUCCUUUUUUUUGGUCUGGCUUAGCAGCUGCUGCUUGAUUGUGCCUGCUGAUUUAAUAAAGACAUUUUGAUGGUCCCAUUUUUCUCUGCUGCCUUUCAGCUUCACUCUAGCUGUAAGUUCUGCCUGAGAAGAAGGUGGGAACAUCUGACCUUUGUGAACAUCUCAGUGUGGUUGAUAUCUGAGAUAAGCUCUGAACUAACAUGCUUUGUUUAGCUCUAGAUUCCCUCUUUGUACUUUCAGUUUUAUAGAACUGUGCUUUCAAAUUAGAAGAUAUUAGAUUUUUGUUGGUUUUUUUUUUUCCUGUGGCAGACUUUGGCAUGUCAGUGCACUCAGCCAUCCAAUUUGCUCUGUUUCAAUUAGACAGUAUAGGUUCCUUGCUGUAAAGUGCCAUCUGUUGAAAAUUGUAAGUAUUGUACAAUCAGUUGUUUGGCUUCUUUUCUACCUUCUAUCCAUGUACAGUUUUCUAAAGGAUGACAUCAGUCUGAAAUAAUGAAUAAUUCAAUAGACAUUGAUUAAAGUAUCAUCUAGACAUUGAUGCCUCAAAGCUGCUUUAAAAAUUUUAGUCAAAACCAAAAUGUCAUUUGGCAAAACUUUUAGACUUUGUCAAAAAACUGUGUGGAAAAGUUCAAAAUGGGUGUACUGCUUUUCUCACAAAGGUUGUUUUCCUCUGAGGAAUGAUACUUUGUAUGUAAAAGAUAGUAAAUAAAAUUUUUAUUUCUCUUGUUUAUUCCUACUUCAAACUGCUUUGGAUUUGACUUCGUAUGUAAAUGAUGAACUUGGAGGGAAACUGAUUAUUUUCCCCAAAUAAGUAAUUUAAAGUAAAACCAUCUUCCUUGUAGUAUGAAAUGCAAGUGCUAGGUGCUCCAGAAAGUGGAAAUUAUGUUUGCAGUCCCAAAGACCUUGUUCUUUUUGCUUCUUGCCACUAGGUGGGAGAAGAAGGUUGUCUAAACUGUGCCUUGGUGCUGCCAGCCUAGUCACCCUCACAAAUCCAUUCCUUCUUGCUGUAUCCUUGCUUUAGAAAAAGGAUAUUUCAGUCAAACUGAUGGUGCUUUAUUGGAGACAUUUUUGUUGCAAGAAACCCUUGUCAUCUGUGCAGUUACAGUUUUAAUGUUUGCUUUCCUGCAGGGCUAUUUUCAAAAAUAAUUGAGACAAAACCAAUGGAAGAUAAAUUCCACGAGGUGUCAGUCCAUCUGUAGUAUAAAAGUAGUUGUUCGGUGUUCAAAUGAUUUGUGUUAUUCAGGAUUUAAUUUUUAUUUGCAAAUGUCAUGAAUAGUCUCUGGCAAACUUUCCAAAAAGGCUGUUUUGAAUUCUGAAGGAUUUUAUUUCAUUUAAUAGAGGCUGUUUUGUGAGAGGUGGUGCACCCCUUCAA